AUGCCUAAAGUUUCUUCAUUAAAAUAUUACGCGGUUGCUAAAGGAGAAAAAACUGGAAUUUUUUUAUCAUAUAAAGAAUGUGAAAAAUAUGUUAAAGGUAUUUCUGGAGCUUUGUAUAGAUCAUUUUAUACAAAGAUCGAGGCUCAGAAAUUUAUCGAUCAACAAAAUAUCGAUGAUUUUAAAGAUGUAAUUGUAUUAAACGUUUGGACAGAAGGAUAUUGCAAAAGAAAUGGAUUAUCAGAUGCUAUCGGAGGAAUAGAAAUCUAUGCUGCGAUUAGAGCUCUUGAAAUUUGUGAUAAAAAGAAAAAUCUAAUUAUAAAUACUGAUAGUAACUACGUUAUCAUCUCUAGAGAUGUUAAAAAACCAAAAACUAAUUUUGAUCUAGUUAAUAGAUUCAAUGAUUUAAUUAAAGAACGUGAAGGGAAAACAUAUCUAAAACAUGUGAAGGAACAUAGUGGCAUUUAUGGAAAUGAAAAGGCUGAUAGGUUAGCAUAUUUAGGUUCAAAAAAUCCGUCUAUUGAAUUGAUUUUACCAGAAC